AUGUCUGGCCCAACGAUUGUGCCUGGUGCUCAAAAGGAUUUCGAUUACUUCUUUGACAUACCGUGGUGCCGUGAUCAGUUCCUACAUCCUGCUGCAGUGGCCGUUCCCAGAUUGGACGAGGAACAAGACGGCCGUGGAAGCACUGGAAAACUGUUUAGCGAGACACUCAAUUCACUGUCGACCAUCUCUCAUCGCAUGGUGCUGUUCCACGACCCUUCAUCCGCGCCGACUCUGAAUUCCGAACCCAAGACGCGCUGGCUCCCCCUUGAGACUUGCACUGUAUUCUUCGCCUUGGGCGAUGGUGUCUGCGGAUUUGGAGACAUUUGCCAUGGCGGUGUUCAAGCAACACUUCUAGACGAUGUCAUGGGCGUUCUGGGCAUUCUCAACGUUCGCUUGCAAAAUGGCAUGAUACCUACCAAAGUCACCGUGAGAUGUUCGCCUAAAACAAACCCCGGAAUGCUCGACUUGGUAACGAAUAUGAUAGCCACCCAAAGCAUAGAAGUUCAAUAUCUCCGACCGCUACGAGUUCCCAAGGUCAUCCAGAUCACCGCGAGCAUGGGAGAUAUAUCAGAUGACGGAGCUUCAUUCGUGGCUUACGCGGUAAUUAAGGAUGGGAAUGGAAAGGAAUAUGCAAGAGCAAAGGCGAGUUGGGCAGUCUUCCCGUUAAAGGGGAAGUUGUGA